AUGACGGUCCACCAUCUCAUCGCCCUUGGCGAACACCUCCGCGGGCCCUCCAGCGUUGAGAGUCUUCGAGCCGACUACCUGCAGGCUGGCGUCUCGAAGGGCUACUGGAAGAUUGCGCCCAAGCAUCCUGACAUUAACCCCGCUGAUACUGAAGCCUUUGGUACCGCUUUCGUCUCCAGUCUUCUGCUGACUCUGCCCUGGAGGGACGCUGAGCGUUUUGGACGAGUGGUACGACCUGUGUUCGAGGUCAAGUUUGCGGGGCUGGACGAGUUUCUGGCCGAGGUUGGCGUGGAAGGCCCAUGA